AGAUUUUGCAUAUAAAAUAUUCUAGCAUAAUAUAGACUAUUAGCUGUGAGGCUCAUUACAUACACACCAACUUACAAAAAACUGUUCAAACUAACUCUAGCGUGCAGGAAACUCCAACUCAUUUGUUUUUACAUCUUUCUGGUUCCAUUACCUUUCCCUCAAGUCCUAAUCUAUCUAUAUAUAUUUGCAUAACAUCAUUGUUCGACUAUCCUUAUCUUCCCACCCCUCUAUUUCACGUUAACCACUAAGUUUACUAUCAGUACCUGCCACUAAUAAAACCAAUUUAACAAGUUACCUUGCAAAGAAAAACAUGGCUUCUACAGACAAGCCUGGGGAUCCUGAGUACAAAACGUCUUCAACUCCAGCUCCUGCUGGUGUUGAUUACUUUAUCUUUGAUGUCAUAUUAAGGUUUCUUUUGUUUGCAGCAUCAUUGGUGGCAGUUGUGGUGAUGGUCACUGGUAAUCAAACAGAAGGUUUUCCUGUGCCACGGCCAGCCAAGUUCAGAUACUCACCCGCCUUUGUAUAUUUUGUGGCUGCAUUCUCCGUGUCUGGCCUUUAUGGUAUCAUUACAACUCUCGCUUCAAUCUUUGUAAUAAAAACGCCAGCCCUCAAAAUCAAGUUCCUCCUCCAUUUUCUCUUAUGGGAUGUGUUGAUAUUAGGGAUAAUAGCCUCAGCAACAGGCACAGCUGCGGGUGUGGCAUAUGUAGGUUUGAAAGGAAACAACCAUGUGGGUUGGCAUAAAAUUUGCAAUGUUUAUGACAAGUUCUGUAAGCAUAUUGCUGGCUCCCUGGCAGUGGGUUUGUUUGGCAGCAUUGUCACGGUCUUGUUAAUUUGGCUUUCAGCUUACAGCAUUCAUAGCCGAGUUCCUAAGUAGGUUGAAGGAACAUGGAUCAUUCUACGUACACAUUCACUCAACUUCUUAUGUAGUCUCAGUCAGUGUGUCAAGUAAUUGUUAAGAGUGUGUAAAUGACUUUAUGUGUUGCUUCAGUGGUGUUAAUUAUUUUUUUGUAAAUCAGUGUUUUCCUCCCAAGGACCUGAGUUGUGUUUUACAUGACAUCUGUGCCAUAAAUUAUUGUGUAACUAUCAAUUAUGCUAUCAUAAAAAGUAAAUGUAACAAAUAAUCAACUCAUAAAAAUAGAUGAUUUGCACUGUAAUAGUGUAAUCAUUGCAUGUUUUGUGCGGUUUUUUGU